AUCCAGGGGGCCAAGGGAACCGGGGAAGACAUCUUAAUCUGGCCCAGCCAAGUAGGGCAGUCAGCUUUUUAGGAAGGGAGUGACUUGAGUUUUGUUUUUCAUGUGGUUCCUGCUGCCAGGACUGUGUUGGGCAGUGCUGAGGAUCCAGCUGGGAGUCGGUCUGGCCUCGUCUCUGGGGCAGCACAGUUGCGGUUGAUCCUAGCUUAUCUCCUAAGACUGUAAGCCUCUUUGGCUAAAUGCAGCUGGCCUUCACCUACCUGCCUCUGCUGCACUCCCUCUGGUCCUCCUGCCUCGGCCCCAGGGAACAUUCAGAUCAGAUUCAUUCUUGUGUUAUCUCUUGUCCUGGCCCUUUUCCUCCUGGAAGCCUUCCAGCCCUCACCCCACCAGGCAGAGCUAGAGAACAGGAAGGGUUUACUGCUGUGGGCUGGGCCCAGAAACAGCACUGCAGUGUGUUAGCCCAGAGCUCUGGGGUCAGACAGACUUGGUUCAAGUCCCUGCUCCACCAUUCCUCACCUUUGUCACCUUAGAGCACAUGUCACUUCUCAGUUUCCACUUGAAUAAAACGGGGUGACAAUAACAGUAUUGACCUUGGUAGAAGGGCUGUUAAUGCUUCCCUUUUAGAGCCAGGACAGGCCUCAGAGAGGUGGGUGUAAAGUGUGAAAGGGCUCUGGAGCCAGGCAGUCCUGCGCCAGGCCAGGGCUGGGCUCCGUCUCUUCCAGCCCUGUGACCUUGGACCUGCCGCUUCCCCUUCCCAGGCUCAGUUUCCUCCUCAGUCCCCUAAGGUGGGGACUGCAGUCCACCGUUCAUGCGUCGAAGGCUGCUGCACGCACCUGGCCCUGCGCUGGGCGCUUGGACACGGUGGUCCUGGCACAGUGCUCUGCUGUGGGGUGGAAAGGAGGGUCACUUGAGGCCCCCGCGGGCGGCACUUCCUGUUCUGGAGCAGCUCAGAGGCCUGUGGGGGAGACGCGUGCACAGAAGCACCAGGCAGCGGCAUAGAGGCGUUUGCCAGGAUAGCCCAGGGAGCUGGAGGAGCCCGGAGAGAGGUCCAGAAGGUACCCCGUGCCCACGAGCAGCCCCUCCCAGCCCCGGCCGGGCCGCCUCUUGUCUCUGCCCGGACACUUCACAGCAGCGGAGCCGUGCUCUGAGUGGCCCUCUGUGUUGGCUGCUGUCCCUGAGUGGGGACCCAGACAUGGAGCUGCGGGAAGAGGCCUGGUCUCCGGGGCCGCUGGAUUCUGAGGACCAGCAGAUGGCCAGUCACGAGAACCCAGUGGACAUCCUCAUCAUGGAUGACGACGACGUCCCCAGCUGGCCCCCGACCAAGCUGUCCCGCCCAGUCUGCGCCCUCGGCCGAAGGAAUCCGACCGUCUUGGGGGUGCUUAACACAGGCCACCCCCAUGUUGCAGCGGCAGGCAGCUUUCCUCUGCGCAGCCAGCAGGAGCGCUGGCUGCCAUAUUAUGACCCCACCCGCUCAGGGCCUCAUUCUCCUGUGGAGAAUGAGACUCGAAACCAAGUGAAGAGCUUGCCUGUCUCACGUGACUGUUUUGAGGGGUCGCGGCAGUGUCUGUAG